UGUCCACCGGAUGCGAAACUCCAAUGGUCAUCGACGCUGAUUGACUGCUUUGUGCGUUGGCUUCUGGUCACACCUUGUGUCACUUCGAAACCGCAUCAUUCUUCCAUUCAGCGAGACCCAAUAACUACGGGAAGCCCCAAAGCCACAGCACGGCAAACAUCCUCACCUGGAUCCUCAGGGAAUAUUCUCCUAGGCACUUUGUUAUGUAGUGUUCAAACCGAAGACGAGGAAGCUUUAUCAUCGCUUUCGUUCUCUGCAUCAUUAUGGAGACCUAGUCUGGCAAGCUUGAACGCAAUGAUUGAGGUUGGUCCUGGCCCACUUCAUGCUGUUUUGUACAUGUUGUAUGGCGAACAGUUGGCUGACGAAGUAGAUUUCGAUUGUUAUCAUUGGGUCGACUGCGUUUCAGAGUAUUACACACUAUGUAAAAAUUUGCUUCCC